CUUGCUCUUAUCCACUCGAAAGUACACAAGUCUAUACGCAAGAGAAAACAAAACCCAUCCCUUUUGUUUCAUUCAAAAACCACACAAAACCAAACCUUUAUAAAAAAACACAUCAAAUUGAAAUUCAUUUUCAUAACCAAACCAAAAACACACACAAUUUCAAUGGCAGCAACAACAACAACUAAGAACCACCAUGUUCGAAAACAAACCUACCACUUUCUUCCUUCAACAAACAACAAUUCUGUCACCGAUUCACUCUUCGAGUUCGACGAAUCAGAACUCUACAACACCAACUCAAAUUCCCCUGAGUUUCGCAAAUCCAUUCGCGCUUCUCGUUUUCAAGGUACUUCAUCAUCUUCUACCACCGAUGGUCGUGUUUCGUCGCUGCCGGUGAAUGUUCCGGAUUGGUCAAAGAUACUUGGAGAAGACUACCGACACAAUCGGAGAAGAAACUACGAUGAUGUUGAUGAAGAAGAUGAAGGUGAUGAUGAGAAAAUUCCACCGCAUGAGUUUCUUGCUAGAACAAGAAUGGCUUCAUUCUCUGUUCAUGAAGGUGUUGGUAGAACUUUGAAAGGACGUGAUCUUAGUAGGGUUCGAAAUGCAAUUUGGGCUAAAACUGGUUUUCAAGACUAGAUCGAACAUUUUUAUUACUGGAUUUGAACUUCACAAAAUCAUUGAAACUUGUUUUUGUUAUAAUUUCUUCUUUUUUUUUUUUUUGCGGAGCCUUUCAUUUUGAUUUUGAUGGAAAUUUUCUGAGGAUUUUUAUUAGUCUUGUGUUAUUUUUCUGUUAUCAUUAUUAAUUAAUAUGAUUCUUGUUCAUUUACGUUGUUUAUUGAGUUUGUUUUUGGGAAUAAUUUGGUUGAAUUUCUUCCACAAUUGGAUCGUGUAUGGUUGGUGGACCCGUUGUUGUAGAAGUAGCAGUAGUUCAAUGAUUGGUGGGAUUUUUGUUUUUA